AUGUUAAAAAAUAAAAAAAAAAAAAUUCAAAAAAUAAUACAAUUUCUUGAAAGUAAUGAAGAAGAUGAGAAAAUCUUAGUUGAUCAUAUAAAUGAAAUUGAACAAAUAUUCUUUGAAUGCUUCAACAAUGAAAAUAAAAAAAAAAGUAAGAUAAUUAAUACAUAUGUCAUUCCAUAUGUUAAUUUACUACUAGAGAGAAUAAAUAACCCUGAUAACAAAAACCAUAUGCUUAAAGAAAGACUUUUGACAAGAGUAUUAACUUUUUUUUCAUCUAUUUUAAGAAUUAAUAAAAAUUACUCUUAUUUAAUUAUAUCUUAUUUUGUGAAUUUAAUAGAACAAAAGUAUUAUCUAAUAAAAAUAAUUGAAUAUUUAAAAAAAUUAAUCAUUUAUUUAUUAAAAGGGUUAUUAUUUUCAAAGAAUUUUUUUUAUGAUUGCUUAGAUAAUGUUAAGCAAGGCUUUCAUAAUUAUGUUAUAUUAAAAUCUAAAGUUUUCAACAUUUUAACUAAUUUUUAUUUUGAUAAAUAUCUAAUUGAAAACCCUUAUAAAUAUGACUUAAUUAAAAACCUUAUGUUAAUUUUGAGUAAGGAAAUCCUUUUUUUUUUUCAUAUUUUAAAGAAUAAAAAUAAAAUAUUUAAAGAGACAUUAAAUGAAGAAAAACGCGUUCAUCAUGUUAUUAAUGAAAUAUUUGGCUUCUCCUAUUUAAAUGAAGUUACAAACAAAGUUAAUUUAAAAAAGUAUGAUGAAAUAAUAUUAAUAUGGGUAGAACAAAAUAUUAGUUUGUUUAACGAUUUAAUUAUUUUUAAUUUAAGUAAAAAUGUAAAUAUUAAAAAUAACGAAGAUGAUAUAAAUACUAAUAAAGAAGAAACAUCAAAAAGUGUAUUUUCUGAAGAAAUAAAAGUUGAAAGUGAUAAGAAUAUUAAAAAAGAAAUAAAUGGUAAAAAGGAAUUUAUUAAAGAAGAAAAAGUUAAUGAAGACAUAAUAAAAAAUGAAGAAGGAAAUAGUAAAGAAAAUUCAAAUUUUCAAAAUUUUGGCAAAUUAAUAUAUUAUCUUAAUAAAAACAAGUGUAAUACAGAGAAAAAUACAAAUGGAGAAUUAUUUUCAACAGAUGAAAAAAAUAAUGUAAAAAAUGAAAAUGAAGCAUACAUAAAAUGUGAAUAUUUUUACGAAAAUUUAUUUUUUAAUAAAGAAAAUAACAAAGAAGAAAAAGAAGGAAAAAAAAAUCCAAUGAACAAAGAUUAUUUAAUUAACACUAUAAAUCAAAUAAGCGUAGAUAAUAUAAUUUUUCUUACUCAUUUAAUGAAAAAUGUAUUUAAUUUAAUUCGUGAAGAUCCUUUUAUUUUAAAUUUUUUUAUUAAAAAUAUAUUUUUAAUGGUAGAAAAAUUAUUAGAUAUAAGAGAAGAGUUAAAAAAAAAAGGAAAUUAUAGUAACAAUAAUAAUAACACAAAUAUAAAUAAUUAUAAAGAAAAAUUAUUUGAUUGCAUGUUUCAUUAUAUAAAAAAUGAAUUAUAUUUAUUAAUAUGCAAAAAGAAUAUUAAUUUUCCUUUUUAUUAUUCAUAUAUAACUCAGCUAUUAAACCUUAUUGGAGAAAAUGGAACAACCGAUGAAUUAAUAAAAAAAAAGAUUGAAUCAUUGAAUAUCGUUUACUCAAGUAAUGAAAAAGAAAGAAAGAGGAAAUUGAAUGAGAAAAAUUAUAAUUAUGAAUAUGUAAAAAAGAAUAUAUUGAGAAAAGAGGAUUAUGGUUAUAAAAAAUUUAAAAAUGAAGAAAUAGAUAUUAUGUCUUAUUUAAAAGUUAAAAUGAAUGAAAACGAAAAUGAAAAUCAAGACGAUAAAAAAGAAGAAAAAGAAAAUAUAUUUAUAAAUAAAAUUAUUAAAAAAUUAUAUCUAACUAAUUUUAAAUUAGAUAAAGAAUAUUAUGAGCAAUUUGAUUGCUCAAGAAAAAAUAAAUUAAUGGAUUUUUUUUGUAAAAAUAAUAAUAAUACAGAUAUAAACAAAUUAAGUAAAAAUAAUAUUUAUGAAAAUUAUGUUAAUCCUUAUGAAAAAAAUACUAUAGAUAAUAAUCAAGAUAUUGUGUACAAUCAAAAUAGCACUGAUACAAAUGCUCAUUCUUUAGAUAUACUUAAUAGCAAUAUGCCUUGUGAUAGUAAUAAUAUUGAAAGAAUUACAAUGGAAAAUUAUAGAAAUCAUUAUAUUUUGAAUGCUUAUCAUAAUAGUAUCGAUAGCAAUAACAAUAUUAAUAAAUAUGAUAAUAAUAUUAGAGAAUUAGAUACUAAAAAGGAUGAUGAAAAAAUAACAAAUGAAAUGAGCAUGAAAAAUAAUUUUUUUAAAAUAAAUAAAAUGAAUUACAGUAAUAUUUAUGAAAUUUUUUUGAAGAAUAGUGUAAAAUAUUUUGAUAAUAUUAAAAAUAAUGAAACAAUACUUGGAAAUAUAGAUUUAUACUUUUUUCUUAUCUUUACACAAAUACUUAAUAAUAAUCUUGAAAAUAAAGUUCAAACAUUAGGUGAAAAUGUAUAUAUUAGAAAAAUUAAUAAUUUAAAAACUCUAAAUAAUAUUAUUAAAAGGAUAAUUUUAAAUGAUAUGCUGAAAGAAAAAUAUAAAUUUUUUUUUCUUACUUUAUAUAUCAUAAAAAUUAAUUCAUCAAAUGUAUUUAAUAAUAAUACUACUAAUGAUAUAUUUUUAAAUUAUUCUACUAUAUUUAAAAUAUGCAAUAAUUUAUUAUUUUAUUCAUAUAUUCAAGAAAAAAAAAAAAAAAAAAAAUUAGAAAAAUUAAAAUUAAAUAAAUAUAAUGACAUACUAGGUUAUACAAUAGUCUGCUAUAAUUAUUUUUAUAAAGUAAAAAAAAAAUUGAAAAAAAACAGUUAUAUAUAUAGAAAUAAGUUACAAAAAAAGAACUUUAAAAUGAAAUGCAAGUAUGAUGAAAUUUUAAAUAUUAUUAUUUAUUUUUUACAUAAUGAAAAACUUUUAGCAAAUUAUAGAGAUCAAUAUAUAAAAACUUUCAUAGAACAAAUAUUAGAAACACCCAAGUUAUCAUCUUCUUUUUUUAUUUACUUAAUUUUUUGGUUAAACAAUAUAGAUAUUAAUAUUGAUUACAAAGGGUAUAUAAAUAAUUCAAACUCUGAUAAUUCAACGAUUUUAAAAAAUGAAAAAAAGGAAAUAAUAGAACAAAAUAUGAAAAAACUAGGAUUAUUAAAAAAUGAGGAAAGUAAAAUAGAAGAUAAUUCAUCUGGAGUAAUUAAAAAGAAUAUGCUAGAAGAAAUAGUAAGUAAAAGCAAUUUCGCAAUUUUAAGUAAGGAGGAACAUCGAGAAAAAAAUAUUAGUAAAAAUGUUGAAUAUAAUAUGAAGGAAGAAAUAUUGAUGGAUAAUAAAAAAAAUACCUCUGAAAAAAUAUAUUCCAAUAACGAAUUUAAUAUAAAAGAAAGUGAUGAUAAAAAUGUAAGCCUUCUUUCCUCAAAUAUGGAUAAUAUCUGUAAAAACAGUUUUAUUAAAAGUGAUAUGAAUAAAAUAGGAAAUAAGUCUCUUAAUUAUAGUGAAUCUGUUAGCUCUUCAUAUUUUGAUGUAGAAUCAAGUUCAUGCAAUAGUGAUUUUUCAAAUGAAAAAAAUACAGAAAAUGAAGAUGCACUUCUAAAUGAAGAAGGGAAUUGCCAUAAUGGAAUAAUUAAAAAAAUUGAAUUUGACGAAAACGAAGUUAUCAAAAAUGAUAAUUCAUUAAAUUUAUUAAGAGAAAAAUUAAAUAAUCAUAAAAGUAAUAAUGUAAAUGUGAAUACCUGUAAAAAUGAUAUUGAAUACAAAAAUAAUUUUCUACCUAAUAAUAGUAUAAAUAAUAAAAAAGAUAUGCAUCAAGGUAAUUCUUUAAGUAACAAUCAAAAUAAUAAUGACAUUUGUAAUAGUGACAGAGUGAAAGAAAUUUAUAAUAGUAGCAGUAAUACUACAAAUAAUAACAGUAAAAAUAAUGGUACCAAUUUAUGUACUAAAUUUGAUGAUUUAAAUAAUAAUAAUAACAAUUGUUCCUUGUUACAUAAUAAAAUCAUUAACGAAAAAGAAAAUAAUACUAAGAUUACAACUCAAGUAAAUGAAAUGGAGGAAAAACUUUUUAAUAUUAACUAUUAUAUUAAAUAUUCUGAAAAAAACCAUAAUUCAUCCAAUUAUGUUUUGUGUUUUUCUUUAAUAUCAAAUCUAUUGAAGAAAAAUCAAAAUAUAAGAGUAAAAAAAACCAUGAUGUCUAUUUACAUUAAUACUGUAUAUAGUUCAAGUAAUGAAGUCAGAAAACUUUUAAAAAAAUUAAUAACUGCUUCAAAAGGAAUAUAUAAUAAUUCGAUAAAUUACCUGGUUUAUACUAAAAAAAUAUAUAUAUAUUAUCAUAAAAUUUUUACUUUAUUUUUAUUGUAUAUAUGCGACAUUUACUUCCCAAAUUUAAAAAAUGACAUAAUUUUUUUUUCUCAUUUUGCUUCAUACUUAUGGCCAAUAGAAUUAAUUAAUUUUCUUCAUAAUUUUUUAAUAACCAAUUUUUCCUUUUUCUACAAUGAUAUUAUAUCUAUUUUUGUAAAUUAUGAAAAAAUAAAAUAUUAUGAAAAAAGUGUAUUUUUUUCAAAAAAUUAUGAAUACAUUGAUAACAAAUUAAAUGAGUAUAUAAAAGAUUUUGAUAAUUCAAAUUUAAUAGAAUCCUUGGAAUGCUUUUUAAAAGAAACAGAUUUUUUUAAUAGUAAUAGAAUAACUGAAAGUGGAGAAUCAAAUUCUAUUAAUACUCACACAUAUACAGAUAUUCAUCAAGAAAUAAAUAAUUUUGAUAGAAAGUUUUCUAUGAGAAAUGAAAAGUUAAAGGAUAUAAUGGAAAAAGAAGAAGAAGAGAAGAUAAACUUUUUUAUAAAAAAAGAAGAAGAAGAAUGCUUACAUAGAAAUGAAAUAUCACAAAAAAUAUUGCUAGAAGAAAUUUUUGUUCUUUUAUUUAUAAAAACAAUAGAUAUAAUGGAAGAAAAAUUGUUGUUUGAUAAAUUAAAAAAAACAAAUAUAUUUUUAAAUUUUGUGAGUAUUGAUUUUAUUAAUGAGUUGUGUAACUUUGUUAUUUUAAAAAUAGAAAAUGUUUAUGAAAAAAAGAAAAGUGAAUUUUGGCAAAAUUUUGACGUAUUUUUAAAUGAAACAAUAGAGGAAGAUAAAGGAAAUAUAAAUAACGAAUGUAAUCAGUUAGAGUUACUAGAUAUUUUUAAUUUUUUGUUAAAUUCUAUUGACAAUUUUUUAAGUAUUUGUAUAAGAUCUUCAAUAUUUUUUCAUUUAUAUUUAUUUAUAUAUAGUAAUUGUAUAAAUACAAAAAUAAAGAAUAUUUUACUAAACAAAUUUAUAGCUACUUUACCGUUAUUAAAAUCAUUAUUUCAUGAAGAAUUUUUUAGAAUAUUAAAAUACAAUAACAAAAUAAAUAAGCAAAAUGAAGACAAUUUAAAAAAUGAAUAUAAUAAUGCCGUGAAAGAAAACACAGAAAAAAUAAGAGAAAAGUUAUAUGGAGAUAAUGAAAUCAAAGAGGAAAUAGAAAAUAGAAAAAGUGAAACAGAAAACGAACAAGAAAAAGAAAAAGAAAAAGAAAUAAAUACAGAAUCAACUUAUUUACAUGAAAACAAUUCAUUUCAAAUUAAUAUAGAAAUAAUAAAAUAUAUUAGUAAAAAAUUAUAUGAAUCUUCCCCUAAAGAAAACAAUACGAACUUUUUAAAUUUUUGUUAUAAUUUAUAUUUAGAAAAUAAUAAUUUUUAUUUUAUUAUCGAAUUAAUUGGAUUUUUAAAAAAAGAACAAACUUUACAAAUAUUUAAUGAUAUAAUAAAAAAUAAUAUGGAGGAAAAUAAAAAAAUUGAGAUUUUGAAGUGUUGCAUUAAUAAUAUCAUUAAAUUACCCUAUUCUUAUAUUUUAGAAAAGGAAAAAGAAAAUAAAAAUGAAAAUGAAUCUUAUUAUAUAACGAAUAUUGAAAUAUUUUAUUUUUAUUAUAACCUAAAUAAGAAUAAAAACAUUCAAAAAAUUAUGUUAGAUUACUUUGUAACGAAAGUUAAUUUAAAUACAGUUGAUGAUGAGGAGAACCAUAAAAUGUACAAUGAUAUAACAAUAAAAGAUUUAGCUAGUAUAAUUCAGCAAAUAGCAGAACACACUAAUUCUAUAUUUCCUAUAUAUGGAAGAUUUUUGUGUCAAAUUACAAAAAACAUUGAUAUAUUAAGAGAAUAUAUUAGUAGUAUUAUUAUUCCUUUAUUAAUACAAAAAAAAAUAUGGAAUAAUAAAUUCAUUUGGAAAGGAUGUUUAAUGUGUAUAUCUAUGUUAUGGCCAGAUUUUAAACAUUCCCUUUUUUAUAUUUUUUUCAUGUUACCAUCGGACGAAUGCACAAUUUUAUUUCAUGCUUUACAACAGAAACAUUCAAUUGAAAGUGAUUUAGUGGAUUUAAUAUCUUCAAACGAACAAGCAAAAAGGAUGUGUCCAGAUUACUUGAAGAAUUUAUUAAAUACAUGA